AUGAGCUUUAACCUCCCCCUGCGUCCCAGCUCCAUCAGCCACAGGAACAAGACCAGCCGGGACUAUUUCACAAAUUACACGGCGCCGUCGUCUACCGAAGCCAUCAAUGGGCCCGUGCCGGCGCCGGUGACGGAGGUCACCGCACCUGUCGACCGUCUUAUCGUGGGCGUCGACUUUGGCACCACCUUUUCAGGAGUCGCCGCCGUAUACACGGGCACCCCAGACGACGUCGAGAUCAUCAAGACCUGGCCCGGCGGCAACGGCAUCACUUCAGACAAGGUGCCCACCGAGAUCGCCUACACCGAUGCGCCAACAUUCGAUGCGACCGACGGCAACGCCACGUCCACCGUGAAAUGGGGGUUCCAGUUCCGCCCCGAAGAGUCGCGCAUCCGCUGCAUCAAGCUCUUCCUCGACCGUUCCCAGAAACUCCCCUUCUACGUCUCCCCGCAAGACACCGCCGCCCAGCUCCGCCACUUCGACAAGAACGUCGUCGACGCCGUGAGCGACUACCUCACCCAGAUCCACGCCCACACCAUGGACACCCUCACGCGCCGCUACGGCGAGUCCUUCAUGGCCUCCACCAAGGUCGACUGGGUCCUGACCUGCCCCGCCGUCUGGUCCGACGCCGCCAAGAACACCACGCUGCUGGCCGCCGAACGCGCCGGCAUGGGCGCCAAGUCGUCCAUCCAGAUGAUCAGCGAGCCCGAGGCCGCUGCCGUCUACACGCUCAAGGCCAUUCAGCCGAACCACUUGAACGUGAAUGACAAUUUCAUCGUUUGCGAUGCUGGUGGUGGGACGGUAGAUCUCAUUGCUUAUAAGAUUCUGUCCUUGAAACCUCUCAAAGUGGAGGAGUCUGCCGUCGGUACCGGAGGUCUCUGCGGGAGCGCAUUCCUCAACUACCGGUUCGAGGAGCACUGUCGCAACCGUAUCGGACAAAGCCGGUUUGACGACAUGAAGACCAAAAAGGCCAAGACCUGGCAGAUGGCGCUGAGAUACUUUGAAGAGUUUGUGAAGCGCAACUUUAACGAGGCCGAACAUCAAGAAGUCAACGUGCCAUUCCCCGGCUUACCCGACGACGAGGAGGCGGGUCUCGACUGCGGCUUCCUCAUCAUGACGGCAGACCAGAUCAAGGACAUCUUCGAGCCCGUGGUCAAGGAAGUAUGCGACCUCGUCCGGGGCCAAGUCGACAACCUCCGCACCAAGGGCGCCGUCGUCUCCGGCAUCGUGCUCGUCGGCGGCUUCGGGCAAAGCGACUACCUCUACCGCCGCCUCAAACUGCACUUCGCCAGCGCCGCGCCCCCGCCCUACACCGAGCGCCCCACGCACGCGAACAUGGCCGCGCCGCAAGACGAGGCGUCCAUCGAGGUCAUGCAGCCGGUAUACGCAUGGACGGCGGUGGUCCGGGGCGCCGUGCUGCGCGGGGUGGAAGGCAGCAUGGUGAUCUCGCGCAAGGCGCGGAUGCACUACGGCACGUCGUACGCGACCGUCUACGACGAGGCGAAGCACUCGGUCAGCGAGCGCUACUGGUCGCCGCUGUGGGAGCGGUGGAUGGUCUCGGACCGCAUGCAGUGGCACAUCGCCAAGGGGCAGGCCAUCUCCCCGUCCUCGCCCAUCGCGUUCCACUACACCCGCAACUUCCGCCCCGGCCAGAGCUUGGUCGUCACGGAUGACCUCAUCGCCUGCGCCGCGGACGAGCCGCCGGCCGCGUAUACCCGCGACCUCCUCGUGUCGGUGUGCACCCUGACCACCGACCUCAGUGCUGUGCCGCGUAGUCUUUUCACGCGGUUGACGACUACGCGCGGCGUGGAGUUUGAUAACCUUGAUUUCACUCUGGAGAUGAUUGUUGAUAGCGCCGGGUUGGGGUUCGAGCUGAAGGUGGACGGGGUGCGGUACGGUCGGGUCGAGGCUGAAUUCCACUAG